AUGGCGCCUCGAAAGUCCACAGCUUCACUCCCGGUUAGUGCUCUAUCUGCGAGGAAAAGCCGCGAUGAUAGAGCUCGUCGGAGGGAUGCCGUUCGCGAUCCAGGUCUGCACGACAGGAUUACGCAGCUCAACGCUAUCAACUCGCCUCUUCUUCGCCUGCCAGCCGAACUGCGAAAUCAGAUCUUCACCUAUGUCUUCAGCGGCGAAGAAUACCGUUCCUUGGGCAAUGAACGUGGGCCUAUCACCUGCCGUAUCUCAUCGUUUCAACACAAUGGUCUCGGUCCCCUACUCGUCUCCCGUCAGCUCUACAUCGAAACUGCCAUAUUGCCGUAUAAGCUUGGCACAUUUCGUUUCAUGUUUGACGAUUCUUACUCCGAGAAGGAAUGGUCGUGGUACGUGAAGAGGUUUCUUGAAAAUAGGUCAACGGCACGGAUCAAGGCAAUUACUAGCUUGCAAGCUACCGAAGUUUCUUGGGGAGGCCCGCAAUGGAUUUGGGAUAUGAAUGGGGUAGACUGGGUCAAGGAACUGGGUAUUUGGUAG